CACUGUCCCCCUUUGCAGCACAGGCUGCCCUGUGGGGCUCCCAGUGGGGCAGGCGGAUGGACGCUGUUGUGGUCCUGAGCUCUCUCUGGCGAUGUCCCCGCAGCCUGUCCCAGAACAGCAUCACGGACGUGGGUGCCUGCAAGCUUGCCGAGGCCCUGCCCUCGCUCUCUGCAUCCCUUCUCAGGCUCAGCUUGUACAACAACUGCAUCUGCGACGCUGGCGCCGAGAGCCUGGCACGUGCGCUUCCUGAGAUGGGGUCCCUGCGGGUGAUAGACGUCCAGUACAACAAGUUCACGGCUGUGGGCGCCCAACAGCUGGCUGCCAGCCUGCGGAAGUGUCCGUACGUGGAGACCCUGGCGUAAGUCUCCGCAGCCGGUGUGGG